AUGCCAGCUUUUCUCUUCUCCAGGGGUCUACAAGCAGCAACAGCAGCAAAAGCUGCCGCAGCAGCGACAACAGCAGCAGCAGCAGCCGCCGCAGCAGCAGCAGCAGCUGCAGCACCUCCUCAGCUCGCAUCUUCCCAAACCCUCAGGGAAUCAGACUCUGUAAAAAUGAAGCCGUCUGGGGCCUCUUCGAGCGCGACACCGAACGUGGCGCGGUACUACGCGGACGCGAAC